AUGAAUGUUCGUUCACAAUGUGACGGUUUAUUUAUUGAUAUCGAUAAUACUCUUUACUGUUCAAUGUCUCUUUUCGCUGAAGUAGUAAAAAGAUCGUUGAAUGAUCCUGUGAUGACUCCGAAUCAUGUUGCUGCUGGAACGGGUCGUGAAGGAUCAGCUUCGAAUGAACUAAAUUAUCCAAGUGGAAUCUUUGUAGAUGUCAACUUGGAUCUAUAUGUGGCAGAUUGUGGAAACGAUCGCGUUCAGUUGUUCCAACCAGAGGAAUCAAAUGGAUUCACAGCGGCUGGAAGAACCUCACUAACUCCAACAAUUACACUUCGCUGCCCAGCUGGAAUUGUCUUAGAUGCUGAGAAGUAUUUAUUCAUUGCGGAUAUAGGCAACGAUCGAAUUGUUGGUUCAGACUUGAAUGGUUUUCGAUGUUUAGUUGGAUGUUAUGGAGAGGGUUCACACUCUAAUCAAUUGAGUUAUCCAUUUAGUUUGAGUUUUG